UAAGAAUUCAGUACUUUGAAACACUUGGCGGAAUCGUGAGUUAAUCGCUCUUGGAAAAUAAUAUUGGCCGUGUGAAUUUGUAGUAUUUAAACCUUUUGUUUAACAAAAUUUACUUUCUUCUUAUUGUAAAGUAUAAUUUAUAUCGAAAUGUGAAUUCGGAACCUGAAAACCAAAAGAAAAACUGUAUAUACGCCUACAAUUUACACGUGAAAAGUGAAUUUUUAAUAAAGAAAUACAGUGCCUUAAAUAAUUAUUAUUAGAAAAAACUAGCUGUUCAACUAAAAACGCCUUACAAUGUCCAAUUCAUCACAACUACCUCCCCAACCCACACCAAUUUCGGUGGUAAAUCGUGGUCCAAAACAAACAACGGCCGAACAGCGACGCGCAAGCUUUGCACGACGUGCGGAAAGUUUGGUGGAGCGGGUGAGAGUAUUGAAUCAAAUAUAUGAGAAAUAUCUUGUUAAUACGGACAAAAGUGGCGAAUUGACAGUAACUGUACAGGGCGACUUGACGCAGCAAGAGAAACGUGCAGUCUUCAUAACGGUCCACGAUCUGGGAUGCAAUCACAAUUCAUUCCAGGAAUUUGUCAACAGUCCGUGCAUGACGGAAAUUAAGGAACGUUCUUGCUUCAUACACAUCGAUGUACCCGGUCAUGCUGAUAAUGCUGAGCCCUUACCUGACAGCUUCCAAUUUCCAUCUUUACAAACACUGGGUGAAGAUCUUAUCACUGUUUUGGAUUUUCUUCAUGUCAAAUAUGUAAUUGGCCUGGGUGAAGGUGCUGGCGCUAAUGUUUUGGCUCGUUUCGGUUUGGCCCAUCCUUCCCGAGUACUCGGUUUAGUAUUGAUCAAUGCCACCGGCAGUGCUGCCAGCGUUUUACAAUCAUUCAAAACUAAGUUAAUUCAAUGGAAAAACGAUGAUAUUGCACAAUCGGCAGAAAGUUUUUUAAUGUACCAUAAAUUUGGACAUGUUAUGGAGUUCCAGCAAUUGGUUGGUGAUAAUCCGGAUAAGGAAAAAAUUGUCGCCGAAUAUCAAAAACGUUUGCACAGCACCUUGAAUAGUAAAAAUGUGGGACUGUACGUAAAGGCCUUUAUGAGCCGAAAGGAUCUUACAUUGAAGGGAUGCAAGGUGGAUGUCAUCUUAAUUACGGGCAUGUUGAGUCCAUAUGCAUCAAUGGUAGAGAAGUUGCACAAAGAUGUUGAAAAGGAAAAGGUGACCAUUUUAAAAAUUGAACGUGCAGGUGAUGUCUUGGCUGAUGCGCCCGCCAAAGUGGCUCAAUCUAUUCUACUGUUCUGCAAAGGCCAAGGCAUUUUAACGUCGGUUGUAAUGCCUGGAGUUGAUCGUGGACGAGCUUACUCUACCAGUUCGGGCGGUUCUGUGGAUGGUCAAAAUGGUUCGCGAAAACUUUCACGAGGAGUCUCUAUGGAAGACUAUGACAAGCCGAAUAUACGCCGUUUGAGUAUUAUUAACAACGAAUCACCGAAAAAGUAAAUCUUUUGGUUAAGAAAAAUUAUUGGAAAUUUAUAAGAUCAAUGUAUUGAAAAAAAAAUGUACUUGCAAUGUGUAACUAAUAAACACAAAUCAUAUAGUUCAAAAUACUCUUAAGCUUGAUAUUUUCAAAAGAAAAUACAUACAUACAUGUUUACCUAAGAGUAUGAAUAUUCAGUAUAAGACGCCAAAAAAUAGCUAUGUAUAUUUGUUGAAUUGAACAAGAUUUAAAUCAGACAUAUACAAAAUUGUAGGCGUGUUUUGUUACAUUAUUAAAAUUACGUGUAUGUAUAACGUAGAUCAUUUUAGCACAUAAAGUUGGAAAAAUAAUAAUAAUUUGCAUAAUGCUUUUGACCAGCUCACUCAUAUUAUAGUUAAAUCACCUUACAAGCCUAUAACACUUAAUGAAAAAUUUUCAAAUUCUAUGCACAGUAGCUGUUGCAUAUACCCUUCAUUCAUGAGUAUAAGCCAAUUAAUAUUAAAAAAUUAAAAAAAAAAUUAAAAAAAUACAUGUAAAUUAAUGUGUUUCUUUCUUGUACUCAAACGAAAAAUCAAGCCCACCUACAACGAAAAACAACCAAACAUAUCCCAGAAAGAUAUAUUUUUUCUAAAAGAAAACCAUAUACGUAUUUAUAAAACAAAGAUAAAGCUAUUUUGCCUCCCAAUAUUAACAAAAGUCAGUACAUUUUAAGCGAGCCAAUAUUUUUUCUAUACAUACAUAUUACUAUACAUACGUGAAAGAAUUAUAAAUUAAACACAACCAAAGUAUGUGAUUUAUGAAACGUGCACAAAGUUUACAGACAAUUUACAGAAUAGAAGGUUACGACAACCCUUGACGUCACCGAACUAAUCUGAUAAUGAAAAUAUGCAAAAAUCUGUUUCGGUCUUAAAUUUUUAUAAAUAAUAAGCGUUCAUGUAAAGUUUUGAUAACUUUUAACGGUUUUGGCAUUAUUUAAAUAUUUUUGAAGAUGUGUGUUUACACUGAAAUUUCUUGAUUUUUAUAAAAUAGUCUUUUAAUUGUAGAAAGUUAAACAUUUAUUUUUUACAUACAUAAAGCAGAAUUCAAAACAAUUUUUGUCAGAUAGUUAAUAUUUACGAGGAAAAAUUUGUGUGAAAGUAUGAUACCUUGUAUCAUUAUUUUUAAGGCUUUGGCAACCCAUUAAAUUAAACCAACUUCGUCAUUAAACGCCAUUAAACGUAUUAAAUGUGCCAGGCUCACCUGACGUCAUUAUAGAAAUUUUACGAAAAGACAAAUAAGUAAUAAAAUCCUAAUUUUUAUUUAAUCACCAUGCUGAAGAACUCUUGUAUUUACUCAAUUUGCUUAUCUUUUUUACCUUCAUAUGGUGAAUGAAGGGAACACGAUAAAAAAAUUUAUGACGUUAAGUUAGGUAAACUUGGAUAACUUCGUAGUACAAAAUCUUAUUAACUUUAUUUUGUCAUAAACUAGUUUAAAAAAAAACAGAUAUUAUAUUUAUUAUAUACGUCAAGGAGAAUUUCUAUCCUCUGCUAGACUUCAAGAAUGUUAGCAAAACAAAUAAUGAAAUGUAAACAACACGUCAGUUAAAUAAUUUUGAAUUUAAUAUAGUCGUCAGUGUCACUGAAACAAUUUACAAUAGGUUAUGGAGAUAAUCGAAAUAGCUUAUUCACUAUUCAAUGGCCAAAAAAAUUUGCAAUUUAACGGUGCUAAUCUUUAUUAUUCAGUAAAGUUAUUAUAAACAUAAAAAGUUAUGACUAUGCCAAAGGCUCUGACACUAAAAAGUGGAGUUAAACGAUGUAUGCACUGAGCGGCUCAUAUCUAUAUAAGUAUUCAUAGAAAUGAAUUUCCUAAGGCAACCGAUUACUUUUUGUUUUAAUUUUGAUGCUGUUUUGCCUCUAUAUAUAGCAUAUGCUUGAUAUUUGGGUACGCCAAUAUUCGUCAUUGCGGUCCCCUGCAGUAAUUCUCCUUGAAUAGAAUAGAGAAUCGUCGCUCUGUUCGAUGACCUGUUACUGAAUCUUACUCAAUCGUGUUCGAUGUGGCAAAAGCCCAUAAAAUUAGUAGCGAGAGGGCGUAAUUUUGAUGUUUAGUUGCGAGGGAAAGUUGCAAGUGCGUGCUGGGAAAAUUUCAGCCGGUAAAAACUAGCAAGUAUUUUCAUACUUCUUUCAUAUAGCUGACUUAUGUUCAUAUGGUGGCAUUUUUGUCCACAAAACAAUAAUUAAAAUAAUAUUAAUACUUUAAUAUGAAUGAUGCCACCAUUCGGAGAUCGAUCGAAAAAUCGCUUCAGCGGCUACAAAGCGCCAGUUAUACAUAAUUUAAUUAACGGCGAGCCUACGCGAAAAAACUUCCAAACUCAUUUCCGUAUUUCAAUUAUCCGUCUUAAAAAUCUAAGUGAGAAAAUGUUGAAAUUCAAGAUUCACAUAAAGCUUCGUCCCUUCUGAACACUCUCAGAGAAAACACAUUGGUAUCUCUAUGGUUUGACGCCUAUGAAGCACAAACAGCUGUUUUCAAACUUUCUGGCAAAUUUUUACUGAAUUGUCAUAAGCAUCUUCCACUUAGUUCACUCCCUUUCGAAACUUUCAUACAUAUAUAAUACUAAAGUUGAUUAUGAAAAGUAAGAUAGUAUACACUUUACUGACGUAGACACUGCUUACGCGAUUAUAGCCGAAUUAACAACAUUGCGCCAUUUGUUUAAGCAGGACAGAAACCAUGAGGAACUUGUAGAGUUUGAUUUUCGUUCGUCGGGAGAGGAUUUUACUUUUCAAUUGCCUACUCAGUCCAAACUAGCACCCUUUGGCAAGAUCGAUUCUGCGCUGGAUUUCAAGGUUGACAUUAUUAUUGGUGUUGAUGCUGGUUCCAAGAUAGAUGAAAUUAUCUACGACUUCAAAGUUAUUACUGUCAAAAGUGACGGAGCUCAUGGCGCAGUUGUCAAUAUCAUCGAUGUACGCCAGCAGCUGUACACUCUUCAUGUUCAGCUCUGCAGCUCUUAUUAUUUUCCCCAGCAAUAAGUUAAAAAAGUAGCACGAUAAGUACACUAUAAAGAGGCGCAAUUGUAAAAUAUGAUUUUCUGAAAUAUGUAAAAUACUAUCUGCACCCGCAGGCGUUAUCCUGCUUUAAAUGAUGUUUUUUGAAAAGAAGGUAUUAAAGUGCUAAAAGAUUUAUUUAGUGUUUAAAACGUUAAAUGCUUAAAUAACAUAAAUCCAAAUGUUUACACAUGAUGUAGUCACAUGUUGUGCAAUUUAAUUAAAAAUACAUAUAUUUUAUUAUGCCAGAGCUUUGCAAAUAAAUGGCGCUUAAACAUAAUGAUGUUUGAAGAAUUCAAUAAAACUUAAAGCACCAAUAGCAGUAAAUACAAUUACACACUUAAUAUGAUGAAUAAUUUGCUAUUCAUUUUAAAUAAAUACAUAUGUAUGUGCAUACAUAUGAACACAUACAAAAUAGCAUCGUAUUGGGACAGAGAACAAAUAAUGUUCAACUAGUACAAAAAACAUACACCUACCUAUGUACACGUAUGUACAUAUACUUAAUGGUAUUAGAAAUAUCAAUAUUAUUAUUGUAGCAAAUUUAUAUUAGCGCUUGUUAAAAUUGCAUACAUAAAUAUUUAUAACCUUAACAAAGCAAUGUCACAAAAAACACAUAAGUACUUAUUUAACGAAAAAUUAUAAUAAAUAAACAUUGGUUUAACUAAGAAGUUUGGUAUGUUUAAGAAAAAAUUUACAAAACAUAAAAACAAAUAUUUAAAAAUAAAAUAUUUGUUAUAUGUA